GAAAUGAAUACUAAUUUCGUUUUUUUUUUCACUUUCUCCAUCAUGUCAAAUCAUAAAACCGGGUCUGUCAAACAUGUCCUAAAUCUAACAGGUGAUUUCUGCAUAUCCCUUGGCGCCGGGUGGUCCGUUUGGAUUGGAACGGAGUUUGAUAAUGAAACAUUAUAAUGCCACAUUUGACUGCCUUCAAGGUCUCCUAUCCCGCUCCCAACUAUGCUUAGAACAACACCGCAACCCAAAGAGACAUUUCCUCUCGGUCCUUUUACUGUUCCUCGAGUAUGGGUAGGUCUUUGGCAGUUGUCAAGUAAUGCUUGGGGAAGCGCUUCGGCAGCGAAGAUUCGUCAAGCAAUGGCUAGGCACAUCGAAAGAGGUUAUAAUGCUUUCGAUCUCACAGCCGAUCAUUAUGGAAGCGCGGAAAUACUCUACGGGCAAUUCAAAGAAUCACUACCCAGCCCGGCAGAAGUUGUCGGGGCCACAAAAUGGUGUGUAUUCCGACAAACAGACUUGUCGCGUGCUGUGGUGGAGAACGCGGUUCGGGAGCGUAUGACACGCAUGCGCACCACCACUGUGGACUUGUUGCAAUUUCACUGGCAAGACUACUCCGAUAAAGGAUAUCUCACCGCCCUCCAGAUUCUCCAAGACCUUCAGAACGAAGGGCUCAUCAGCGCGGUCGGCCUGUGCAAUUUUGAUGCCAUACGAACAGAUGAAAUAUGUACACAAUUAGGGCCUGGUUUCAUCGUUUCAAAUCAAGUUCAGUUCUCUUUGAUUGACACUCGACCCCUGCACGGGAUGGCUGAUGUAUGUGAACGGCACAACGUGAAAUUAUUAACAUACGGCACGCUUUGCGGUGGAUUUCUAGCAGAUCAGUGGCUAAAUCAACCGGAACCAGACCUGUAUUCCGGUGUUUUGACACCAUCUCAGCGCAAGUAUCUCGAUAUGAUUUUGAAGGCCUGGGGGAAUUGGGCACUAUUCCAGUCCCUCUUGGCUGUGUUGCGUGAUAUCGGUGAUCGUUAUGGAGGGCUAAGCAUUGCAAACAUAGCCACACGAUGGGUCCUUGAUCACUCUUUUGUCGGAGCUGUAAUCAUUGGCGCCCGUUUGGGAGUUUCUGAACACACUGAUGACAACGAUCGUGUUUUUGGUUUCAGCUUGACUGACGAGGAUAAUCGUGCCAUUGAAGCAGUACAAGCUCGGUCCAAUGGUCGCCGGAUGAUCACCUUGAUAGGGGACUGUGGGGCCGAAUACCGUUGACAUGGCUGUACUAUCAUUUUUCUGUACAGCUAUUCACCUUGUGAUUGUGGUGUAUAUUUGAUGAGAAUUUAGAAAACUAGAUCUGUGUGCA